ACAUCUAUGACUUCCUUCAGCACGUCGCCCUUCUUGCUAGCUAGCUUUUCUGAUUUAUAGCGGCAUUGUCAAAUUUCGGCAUAGAACUUUCCCAUAUUAAAAUACACUAUCGUCAUUGCUGCUUCAUCAGACAAUCAUCCUAAAUGAUUAGUAUACAUCGAAUGUUCAACAUUGGAUCAUUAAAAUACAAAUUCUUCCAUAUCAUCCCGAGUAUCAUCCUUGAAGUUCGCUACUCAUGGUUUGCAACACAAGUUUCUUACAUGGUUGUCGUUGAUAAUUAAUUAGGCCUGUCCUUAGCUGUUAUACCCGAUAUAUAGAGCUGAUAAAUGCUGCUUUGCCUAAUCCAUGGUAGCGUUCGUCGACUUCAAAAUUGUAUACGGGAGUGAGUCAUCAUGGCUGUUGAGAGGCAGCAUAGCAUGUCAUCAGAAGCAAUUCUUGAGAACGUGUGGGCGAAUUUCAUUUCCAAGAACGACGCUAAUUUUACAAAGCAGGGUACGUUUGAAUCGUCUAAAUCGUGGGAAGGGUUGCCAAGCCUUGACAGAGAUGAACCGAUGGAAAUUUUAGAGAGGUUGCCUAGUUUAGGCCGAUGGAUAUCCAUGGGAGCCGAGAUGUGGGAACAGCUUCUUGAUGGAACCAUCAUUCCUUCAAACAACAGCAUGGAGAAUAUUGUCGGAUCAGAAAACAUGUCCAAGGAUUCAAUUAAAGAUGCUGAUGAUACAUCAAAAGCUGAGAAAAAGGUCAUAAAGCACUACAGGGGUGUAAGAAGGCGGCCAUGGGGUAAGUAUGCAGCAGAAAUAAGGGACUCUACAAGAAAAGGAGCAAGAAUUUGGCUUGGGACUUUUGAGACAGCCGAAGAAGCUGCCAUGGCUUAUGAUAAGGCUGCUUUAAGAAUUAGAGGCCCCAAGACACAUCUAAAUUUCCCUCUUGAACAAGUGGCUAAGGCAUUGGGAAUUUCUUGUUACGACAAUAUUUACAUGACUUCGUCAUCUAAGUACACUACUGAUCAACCUGUCGGUUCUAUUGCUACAUAUUUAAGCUGUCCUAACAUCAUUUCUGAUCAUCGAAAAAGGGUAGCACGGGAUGGGCAAGUGGAGGAGGACUCAUUUGUAGCUGAAGAACCAGCGCAGAGGAGAUCAAGGGGAAACGACGAUGUCUUAGAGUUUGAGGAUCUUGGCAGUGAAUAUUUAGAGAGUUUGUUGUACACUUUCUGAUAGAAUAUGUAGUCGUCUAACUACUUAUAUACCAUUUGCAAUAUGCCACUGGCAGAUUCAGUCUCUA